AUGCGUACCUCUCGUGGCUUACAAGUCACCUCCCUUGUCGUCUUACUACCUGUCUUACUACUACUCAUCACUCCCGUAGUAAUCCUCGUCAUUUCAGUCUUUUCGCAACUAAAGUCAUUCUGUUUACCAACUGCAUUGGCUCACUUUACCAAAUUUGCCAUUCUUGAUCUCUGGGCACACUCACAGUCUCUAGACUUUCACUCGGGAACAGAGUCUUUAGGAUACAAUCAAUCAGAAGUAACCAACCAUUCGAAUGUGUCAGAAACAAGACCGGAGUGGCCUGUUUAUCAAGUAAAAGAUUAUCUUUCUUGGUUAACUAUCGCUUGUUUCGGACUUUGUCUUUUAACCGUUGGGUUUACAAAGUUCCCUACAAAAUGCUUACGGACCCUUAAAAAAGCCAUUCAGCCCUGCAUGAGCACUGGUGCAACACUGUAUGACAGUAUCGUGUAUUUCACCAAAAAGGUUCCAAAGAUCGACACAGUCCUUGUAACCACGCUACAAGCCAACCGUGCACCUCAACCUACAGAAGCCCCAAUUCAUCAUGUGGUUGAUCGGAGAGUAGACCAAAAGCCAAAAGACCUUCCGCACCCACGUCGCAAACGAGCAAACACAAUCAGUCAACCAACCAAAAAGUCGAACCAUCGAAACCAUGUACGAACAGUAUAUUCUGACCACAAACCAGGCCCAAAACUCACAACAGAAGGAACCGACCAAACCGACCAAACCGACCAGACAAAAUCAACCAUUGCUGACGACGAAGCGGCUUCCUCUUCCUCUUCUUUUUCUUCUGCUGAUUCGGACGACUGGGUCAAUGUAAAGCCCAAAAGACAUUUGCCUAAAAAAUCCCAUCGUCUUGAAACAAAGAUCUCCGAAAAAAGAAUUGUAGAAACUCCUCUGAAGCAAAAGAAUGAUAGUAGCAAUGUUAAUGACAGCGACAAUGUUAAUGUUAAUGCUAAUGCUAAUGUCAAUUUCAAUUUCAUUACUGAUGUGGACGGUGACGUUGAUGUCGACGUUGAUGUUACUGACAAUAAUUACAAUUAUAAUGAUAACGACAAUCCUAAUGAUGAAAAUGAUGGCGACGACGACGACGACGGUGGCUGUGACGAUGAUGACAAUGUCGAAGAAGAAGACAACGAUAACGAAAAUAACUUUUACAACUCUCUUUCAACUCACCAAACACCUCUUCUAGCUAUGGAUUUGACACCUGUAACAAGUGACGAUGAAUCGAAUAAUCCUCAAUCUCCUCCCCUUUCUCCUCCUUCUUACCGGCAAGCUGUUCAGAAUUGGUAUUCGCCAUUUUCUACUGGUUUAGAUCUCGACAUCUUGCGACGCAAUGAUCUUUUUAAUUAUAAGAUCAAACAACCUCAACCUCAACCUCGAUCUCAACCGCAACCGCAACCGCAACCGCAACCGCAACCGCAACCGCAACAGCAACAGCAAUCACUCAGAACCCCAUCAACUUACUCUUUGUUCUCUGGCGGUGUCACAUCCUCUUAUCAGUUUGGCCUACUCAACGGCCCAUAUCUUGAGUCGGGUACAUCAAGAUUGCAAAAUCAUUCUUAUAAUGAACAAACUCACUCUCCCACAUUCACCCACUCACACAACAAUCACGAUCACAUUCACAUUCACAAACACAAACACAAUCACAAUCACUGCUACCAAAACCAUCACUACAAAAAACAUCAAGACACUCCAAACCCAUUAGGACCCAUUGGCAAAGAUAAUCAUGCAACUCGUCCUUUGUCUCCAAACUCUGCACCCUGGAAACUUUUCGCUCCAGUUAAUGUGGACAAUAUUGCGACAGAUAGCCCCCGACCAGUGUUUUCUUUAUUUGAGGGUCCUAAUCUCUUUUAA